AGGAGCGUUGGAAUCCCGAGUUCAGACGGCUGCGCCUGAAGACAGCCGGCGUGGUGGGUCCGCCACCGUCGCCGGAGAGAUGAGCCGGGAAGCCUGAGGCUGGAGACGCCCGCCCUCCGGCCCGCCCGCCCGGCCUCCCCGCUCCCGGUUGCUGAAAGAUGAAAGAGACUACACAAGGGACAGGGCCUUGGGGCCCUGAGCCUCCCAAACCUGGCUUAGGCCCACUUUACUCAAGCCCCAGGAGAGAGCGCAUUCGUUGGCCCCUACCCCCUAAACCCCGACUCAAAUCAGGUGGAGGGUUUGGGCCAGAUCCUGGGAUAGGGACUCCAGUGCCAGCUAGAUGCCUCCCUGUCCCUCGGCCCUCCUUUGAUGCCUCAGCUAGUGAAGAAGAGGAGGACGAGGAAGAGGAGGAGGAAGAUGAAGAGGAGGAAAUGGCAUCAUGGAAGCUGCCCCCCAGAUGGGGUCAACUGGGAACUCCCCAGAGGCCCCGCCCUUGCCGUCCCAAUCAUCGAAAAGCCUGCUCACAACGCCGCCGCCGAGCUAUUCGAGCCUUUCGGAUGCUGCUCUACUCAAAAAGCACCUCACUGACAUUCCACUGGAAGCUUUGGGGGCGUCACCGGGGUCGGCGGCGGGGCCUCGUGCACCCCAAGAACCAUCUUUCACCCCAGGAAGGGGGCGCUACACCACAAGCACCAUCCCCCUGCUGUCGUUUUGACUCUCCUCGGGGGCCACCACCUCCCCGGCUGGGUCUGCUAGGUGCUCUCAUGGCUGAGGAUGGUGUGAGAGGGUCUCCACCUGUGCCCUCUGGGCCCCACAUGGAAGAAGAUGGGCUCAGGUGGACUCCAAAGUCUCCUCUGGACCCUGACUCAGGCCUCCUCUCGUGUACUCUGCCCAAUGGCUUUGGUGGCCCACCUGGUCCAGAAGGGGAGCACAGUUUGGCACCCCCUGAUGCCAGCAUUCUCAUCAGCAAUGUGUGUAGCAUCGGGGACCAUGUGGCCCAGGAGCUUUUUCAGGGCUCAGAUUUGAGCACUGUGGAAGAGGCAGAGCGCCUUGGAGAGAAACCUGGCCAGCACAGCCCACUGAGGGAGGAGCACGUGACCUGUGUGCAGAGCAUCUUAGAUGAAUUCCUCCAAACUUACGGCAGCCUCAUCCCCCUCAGCACUGAUGAGGUAGUAGAGAAGUUAGAGGACAUUUUCCAGCAAGAGUUUUCUACACCUUCCAGGAAGGGCCUAGUGCUGCAGCUGAUCCAAUCCUACCAGAGGAUGCCAGGCAAUGCCAUGGUGAGGGGCUUCCGAGUGACCUAUAAGCGACAUGUGCUGACCAUGGAUGACUUAGGGACCUUGUAUGGACAGAACUGGCUCAAUGACCAGGUGAUGAACAUGUAUGGAGACCUGGUCAUGGACACGGUCCCAGAAAAGGUGCAUUUCUUCAACAGUUUCUUCUAUGAUAAACUCCGUACCAAGGGUUAUGAUGGGGUGAAAAGGUGGACCAAAAAUGUGGACAUCUUCAAUAAGGAGCUGCUGCUAAUCCCCAUCCACCUGGAGGUGCAUUGGUCUCUCAUCUCUGUGGACGUGAGGCGACGCACCAUCACCUAUUUUGACUCGCAGCGCACUCUAAACCGCCGUUGUCCUAAGCAUAUUGCCAAGUAUCUACAGGCAGAGGCUUUGAAGAAAGACCGACUGGAUUUCCACCAGGGCUGGAAAGGUUACUUCAAAAUGAACGUGGCCAGGCAGAACAAUGACAGUGACUGUGGCGCCUUCGUGCUGCAGUACUGCAAGCACCUGGCCCUGUCUCAGCCGUUCAGCUUCACCCAGCAGGACAUGCCCAAACUCCGUCGGCAGAUCUACAAGGAGCUGUGUCACUGCAAACUCACUGUGUGAGCCUGGUUAACCCAGACCCCGAGCCCUUUCAGGGGCAAGGGAACAUGGAAAAACUGUUCCUCACCCCAAUUCCUUUCUUCCUUUCCCCACCCAGUUCUUUUGUUUUUUUCAUAUUUAAGUGUUUAAAUUCCUGUAUUUCCCCUAUCCCCUUUGAGAGACUUAUUUGUUGCUUUCUGAUGGGCAGGGGACAGCCAUGGCUAUGCCUCUUUGUCCCUCUGUAAGGGGAUGUGGCCCUGGGGCCUUCAUGGGGCAAGCGUCCCUCAUCCAUGUGCAAAGGGCAGGAAAAUAUAAGUGCUGGGGGGUGGGGGACAAGCAAAAAGAAUUACUGCCUGCCAGAUCCUUGAACAUUUUUUAUAUAUAUAUAUAUAUAUAUAUAAAUGCCAUGGUCCUGCUCUGGUCAAUAAAGGAUCCUUUGGAGAUAA